GUGUGUUUGUAUAUAUUUAGGCAUAUACCAUAUCAAGCUAAUGACAGUUCUAUUCCACUUGUAAUUAAUCACUAACUAAUCCUGAGAGUAGUUGAGUUACUCUCCUACUUAUAAUAUUCACAUGUGCGUUGAACUAAUAGCAUAUCCUUUUGAAAAGUUGCUUCAACUAUCAAAGGCUAUUGACCAAGUGAUCACAGUUUGAUCAAUCCACCCCGUUCUUUUAAUAAAAAGUUGAAUUUUAACUCAAGGUAGGUGCACCCAUGCUUGUCCACUCUUCAAAGCCUAAAAUACUUUUGUAUGAGGUGAAGUGUUAGAAAUGUCACAUAGAAGGCUGUUCAUGCACUUUCAACUAAUAACUUAAGCUUUUCGACAUUUAAGAAACUGAAAAUACUAAUUCUUGAGGUCAGAUUAACUAGCAAUAAAGUAUUAACCCUCUAUACCCAUCUUGAAUAAAAAUUGGUAACUUAAUGUAAUUAUGAAAUCCCCUUGCCAUGCUAGUACUAUAUCUCUUUCUUUUCCAUUAAGUAUGACUUAUAUUUUGUUUUCAGGUGGUAAAGAAGGUUCCAGUUCUUGCUGGUGUAUGUGCAACUGAUCCCUUCCGCAGAAUGGAUUACUUUCUUAGACAGGUGGAGUCAACUGGAUUCUCUGGGGUACAAAACUUUCCUACAGUAGGGUUAUUUGAUGGGAAUUUUCGACAAAAUCUUGAAGAAACGGGAAUGGGAUAUAGCUUGGAAGUUCAGAUGAUCCAGAAAGCCCAUAAAAUGGGUCACUUGACAACUCCAUAUGCAUUCAAUCAACAUGAAGCUAUUGAAAUGGCUAAAGUCGGUGCUGAUAUUAUAGUUGCCCAUAUGGGUCUAACUACAACAGGCUCCAUAGGUGCAAAAACAGCUGUUUCUUCACUGCAUCCUCUUCUCUUUAGAGUAUAA